AUACAUUUAAACAUUAUUUAUAAAUAAAUAUAAACAAAUAUGUUCUACGUUUUGACAUGAAAUUUUUUUUUAAAAUAAAAUUAUUUUGUUAUAUAGUAUAUAAAUUAUAAUAUGAUAUAUUUAUUUAUAAGAAAUAAUUCUCACGCGAUAUUGCGGUUUCCUUACCUAGAUUAAAUAAAAAGAAAACUUAAUGACAUAUUUUUCUCAGGCUUGUAGGGGAUGGAUUUAACCACCCCACAAGGCCCAAAGAAUAUAAGGCCUGGCCCGGAUUAGGUAGAGCGACGACUCGAUCGGUCGGCUCAAGAGUCAGGUCUCUCGGCUUGACUCUAGAGUACUUUUAGUCGAUCAUCGUCGACUGAAGUACACUCGGCUCAACGGCUGCUCGGACGCACACGGGCUUUUCGGCCCAGCAGGGGAGGCCCAUCAAGAUGGCGUAAGCUAGGUCAAGGACGAAGCAUCAGAACGACUAUAUAAAGAAAAGGGGAAACAACGAGAGAAGGAUCCGAAACUCUUGACUAACACUUGGCGGCUAGAUUAGGGUUUUCACCUUUGCUUCAUCUCGCCGUUAGUUGUACUUUUCCAGUAGCUCAUCGAGCCACCGGCUUUCUUUCUGUCGCACUCUCUUUGUUUCCUUUGUAACCGACUGAACGUUUUCUCUGACCAUAAAUAAGACGUCUUCGUUAAACCCACAUCUUCUUUAUUACCGUUUUCCGAUCAAACAGUUUACCGUUUUGAUGAUGACGCUCUCAAGCUCCACAAAGGAAAGCUUAUUGACCACUUGAGCUCUGUUCUUCAAAGACUUGAGCUCCAUCAACGGCAGCUGAAAGCAGAGUUGAGCUCUGUUCUUUGUCAUGACGAGGCCUCCACCAAAGGCGUGUCUUUCACAAGCUUGCUAGAGUUGAGUUCGGCAGGUCCAUGCUUGAUGUCUGUUGCAAGACGUGUCUUAACUCGUGCUUGAGUACACUUGGAAGUAAAGAGCUUAGCUUCUGAUCAAUCACUCGGAUGGAAACGAGACGCUUUCAAGCUCCACAAAGGACAGCUUCUUGGCGACUUGAGCUCCAACGUCAAUAGACAGUCUGUGUUUCUUCUUCAUCAUGACUGAUUUUGAGAAGUGGAGAUUGCAACAUCUGGCGAGGCAUGCUCCAGCUUGUUACUGCCGCUGUUGUGAUUCCACUCAGCUUCACAAGCUUGUUCACUGCUCAAGACUCAUUCCAGUCGCCUCUCUCAUCCGUCUUUAAGCUCGGCCUCGGACAGUAGCAAUCACGUGAUGACCUUGGUAGUAACGAUCUGAUCUCCGCACCCGGCUUCUUACGUUUCACCGCCAUGACGUCUUCAAAAGCUCCGUCAACAGAAGCUUGUCGCCAAGUUCUCAAGACUCCGUACCGGCUUUGUUCUCGACAUUCAUCUCAUCUCGUCACUCAUUUUGUAUCUUCAGCGAGGAGACAUCAUGAUCAAUAGAGAAUACAGUGAGAUGUCCAUUGCCCGGCAAGAAAGUAUGCACACGCCACUAGUGUCUUCAAGGGAUCAUGGGAGUCACGAGGAAAUAGACAACAAGAUGCGCAGUCACACGUUAAGCUUCAGAUACAUCAAGUUCUACGAGCUUUUACUCAUCUUCAACACGUGUCAUCAUGUUUUCAUCAAAGCAUGAACCACUCCAGAUUAUCAUCACGAGACAAGCACUUUCCCUUAUACAAACAGAGUAGAGAAGACGAAGAAUAUGAGACGCUCUUUGCAAAUGAUGGCAAUUUGGUCACAGUCCUCACAACUCUCUUGGCGACUUCAUCGUCACUGAUCACCAACUCAACAGCACAAGCCGGCACAUUUCUCAACAUCAUCAUAGCCUGACGAACACACAAGCCAACAACUUUCUUGGCACACACGAUCUCAACACGAGACUUCGGGUCAGCAAUAGUUCAGUAAACGUGUAUUUUAGGUACAAGUUUAAAUUGAACUUGCUUUUUAUUAGGCACGAGUUUGCGGUCGACUCGCUUAUUGUUAGACACAAGUUUACAGAAACUCGUCUUUGGCUAGGCAUGAGUUUACAGAAGCUCUCCUUCUACUAGGCACGAGCUCUCAGUAAACUCGCCUCUGUCUUAGCAUGAGUCAAGUAAACUUGUCUUUCGCUAAGCACGAGUUUAAGGCAAACUCGCUUAUUACUAGACACAAGUUCGAAAUAAACUCGCCUAAACCGUCAUAGGCAUGAGUGUGUCUAGUUUUAUAUAAUGUAACAGAUGCCCAGGUGAUUUGUGUUGGCAUAGUGGUUAAUGUGUGUAAGAGUAAUUUUGUGUCAAAGGUUCGAAUCUUAGGAUGGCAUUUCAAUAAUUUUUUAUUGUUUUGAGGGAUCUCUUGUUUUAAUGCAGCGUAAAAAAGUCUUUGCGGACUCAUUUUCCUUCUGAGACUUCCCGUAACCCUAAUACGCAGCAACUCAACAUUAUUUUUUAAUUUUCUUGAGUUUUAAUCAAACAAAACCAAACAUCCUUUAAAAAACACACAGAAUUUUCAACAAAACUCAGUUUCAAUUCAACCCUAGUUUGUUUCAUGAUCUAGUCGCUAUUAGAAAAGCUCCGAUUUUAUCUCCGAUCAGGUCAUCUCGCCACGCUCCGUCACCGCCGUGCGUAAACUCUCGGCCGAUUUCACGGUUAACUCGCCGCGUUUUCGAUAAAAACUUUAUUUUUGCGUUCAUCAACCAAGCAAGAUGUUUCCCUUCGCCCGUGCACCGACAGUCGUGUUGUGGGACACUUUUGAUUUCCCCAUCAUCCCUAAAGAUGAUUUCACUGCAGUUUUUCUGAUCACUAAAUCGGCUCUUGAAGAAAAGGGUAUUACUAGUCGUAUUUAUGGUGGCGUCAAUUUCAGGGCUAUUGUUGGUGACACGACCGAGUAUCAUGGAUUUCCUAUCUUUUGGAUAGACAAAGCUAAGGACAAAGAUGAUAGACUUUGGAGCAUCAUUACAUUCUUACUUGCUCAGGCGAAUUAUUAUUUAAAGGGAGAAACAUUCUUGAAUUUGUUGCUAGUCGUGGGAGACGUAUCUGAACACGAGGGGUUUCAGAGGACUAUUCGCUUAUUAAAUUCCAGAAGCAAAUUCAAUGUUCUUCUAGCACAGCCUCCUCCUCAAAAUGCAAGCUCAUCAUCAGGAGAGGAGGAGCUUUUUGACAAAGACUGGCUCUGCUCCCGCCUUGCAGCUGGAGAACAACUUAUCAACAAGUUGGGCAUAGGGAAAACCUUUGAACCACCUUUGAAACAUAUUCCUUCUCAUCAGGUUGCUCUUACUUCUCAUCAGGUUGCUCUUCCUUCUCACCAGGUUGCUACUAAGUUGUCAUUUGCAAAGCCAUUAUGCCUUAGUAAACAUAUGGCCGAGAGAGCAAGAACAUGCGUCUUCUGGGACACUGUGGCUUACCCACUCCCUGCUGGUCUCCAUUCCGAUGAUGUUUUGCAAAACAUUGAAGAUGCUCUUUCUGAAAGGGGUUAUUCUGGCCGUGUCUCAAUCACGGCUUUUCUCGAUGAUCACCCCUCCCCCCCAGGCUUUACUGGAUGUUACGUCUUUUACCUAAAUGAUGGAGAGAGAGAUGCGCGCCAUUGGCAGAUUGCACUGCACUUGCUUGCUGCUGCUCGUCGCACUAGGAUUGAGCCAUUAAAUCAUAUGCUACUCAUGGGAGACAUCUCAGGACACAUUGAGCUCUUAAGGACUAUCUACUUGUUGAAUUUGAGAUUUUCCUACAAUGUUAUCUUAACACAGCCUCCUCCUGAAAACGCAUCAUCAGGAGAGCCACUUGGUAAGGACUGGCUCUGCUCAAGCCUCUCAGCUGGAGACAAACUUCUCAGCCAAAUCGAACAAAAUUUAAUCAUGAGCACAGUUGUACAACCUUUGACUCCUUGGCAGGAGCGAUACAAAGCUGCAACCACGGUCGUGUUCUGGGACCUUGUGGAUUGCCCAGUACCUGUUGGCCGCACUGCUGUUGUGGCUUCACAGAUCAUUAGAUCGGCCUUUGAAAAAAUGGGUUAUCGUGGCACUGUUACCAUCCAUGCUUUUGGCGAAGUGAGUAAUCUGGAUCCGCUUGUUUCAGAACUAAGAGAUGUGGAGUGUUAUGAUGAAAACACACCCUCAGGUGUAUUCCUUGAAGAUAUGAAUCCAUCCGGAAUCGUGUUUCAUCACACACCCACAGCACAUAAAGACGCUAGACGUGAGAUGAUGCGUGGUGAAUUAGGCGUCUGGGCACUUGCUAAUCAUGCUCCAACAAAUGUGAUGGCUAUCUUACGAGACACCUCUGAAGACAAGAUCUUUACCGGUUAUCUUGACGUAUUGAGAUCGAUAAAUUAUAACGUUGUCAUAGCACAGCCUCAGAACGUGUUAGGCCAGCUUUUCGAUUUGGAAUGGCUUUGCUCAAGACUUGGAGACAGAUUUCUCCCUCGAACGAGAAAUUCAGCCUCCUAGCUAUGAUAGAUACCGAUUUCGUUAGCUUUUCCAUGCAGAAUGUCUCUCAAGACUUGAAGAAGUUCGACCUUCUACUUACCCUCCAAAUUAUUUUUUUUGUUUGUUCGGCUUGUUUUCUAAAGUGUUUUGUUUGGUUAGCCAAAAAAACUCGUUCUGUAAUACUCCCUGUUCCGAACUACGCUAGGCGUUAGUCGGGCGGUGAUUCCGAACCUAGCGAAUUAUCAAAAAAUCGGGGAUUAAGCGGAGUAUGCGCAGGACCUAGUUUUUAAAUAUUUUAAUUAUAUAAUACGUAUAUAUAUUAAAUACAUGAAGUGUUACCAACGGGUUCGAGUCCUAUUAAGGUCAUUUACAUUCAAUUUUUAAUAUUUUUUGUUUAAUGAGUACGAAAUGACAAUUUUAUCUUUAUCUUCAACCGUUUUUCUACGAUUUAUAGAACUUCAAUGUCGUUUUUCAUUAUUUUUUCCACGAUUUCAGAGCUUUUGCAAGUGAUUCUUGUGGGUUUCUAGAAAUAUGAUAGAUCUAUAACCUAAUCUAUGAUUCAGAACCCAAAAUUUUGAUCUUUGGUGUGAGUUUUCCUUUCACCGCCUAAACCUACUGAUUUCACCUCUACGCCACGGUGACCUUCCGAUGACCCUUUCAUCCGGCGAGUUCUCGGCCAGGCAAGCACGUUUUCGAACUAAGGUAAUAUUUGUCUUCCUUUUGCACAAGGUUUGCAAGUUUUUGCUUGAGCGUUUGUUCGAAACCUUUCAUUAUUUUGGUGGAUUAAUUUGUGGAGGUUAAGAGUAACACUAGUUGACAUAGACUACAUGUCACGUCUAGGAAUCGCUUAAAAUUAUUGUUAACAUUUUGUUAAUUGUUAUUUUCUUUUUGAACAAACAAUUGUUUAUCUAAUGGAGGCCUCCAACAAGGGAGAAUAAGCCCAAGAUAUUUAAUGAAUUAAAUUUGAACCCGUCACAAUAAACUUUAUUUUAAAUACAAGUAAAUAUAAUAAAAUUGCUAGGAAUAACUCACUUUUCUUACUAACCCAUAUACUAGAAAUUAUAUGAUGAUUUAAUAUUGUGUUACCCAGUGUAUAUUUGUAAGAACUAUUAAUAUAUAUAUAUAUAUAUAUAAAGCUGAUUUAUUUUGAAUGAAACACAAUUUUGUAAAAUAAACAAAAUGUAACAGAUGUAUUUUGACUACUUGCACAAAAGUACUAUAGUAGUUGUAGCCACACUUAAACUGGUGUUUGGAAAUCAUAGUUUGAUUUCUUGUCCCUUCGUGCUAUCUUAAUGAUUGUGUUUGAUUAUAUUCAAUAUAGUCCACAUAUAGAAGAGACAAUUUGCAUAACUUCCAAAAAGCUUGCCCCUCCUUGACUUGAAACCAAUGUUUCUGAACCCGAUUUUGACACUGAUCCGAAAAAUUUACCUUUUCACUAGAUUAUUGAAUAGAUCAUAGAUGAACCAUAGAUUAAUAAAUUAAUUAAUUUUAAUAUAAUUACUAAAUUUGACCGGCGCUUUUAAACCACGGGAUUUAGUUACUUACAAAAUUCAAUCAAAAAUCGAUAUAAAAAUUUGUUAAAUAGAGGAUGAUGUGUUUUGAAAUACAUUUAAUCUAAUAAGAUGUUUAUUUUGUGGUACCGGAUGUGUAUAUUUGUAAAUAGUUAUAUUGUUAAGUAUCGAAAUGUAGUUUAAUGUAUUGAUGAUUAUUCGAUUGCAUAUUAUAGAAUUUUUUUUAUCAUAGGUUAUUAGCUUAAGUGAAAAAGACUUUGACCAUUGUGUUAGAGUUCACCAGUUCGAGUGACCAUUGAGAUGAAACAAAAAAUAUAUAUUGUAGUUUCGGAUCUAUGGUGCUUAAAAACUUCGGUUCAGAACCUUAUGAUAUUAAAAUAAAAAGAAUUCUUUCAUAUUUUCGAAACUAAUAUAAUCAAGAGGUCAAUUUAUUCAAAUAUUAUAAUAUCUUCUGGUUGAUAAAAAAAAUAGAUUAUCUUCUUGUAUCACAAUAAAAUUAAAUUUAUACAAAUAUAUGUUAACCCAAAAAAUCGGUUCAACAACCUUAUAUCUUUAUUGUUUCUCAGGUAAAGCCAUGAACUAUGAUUUUUAAAAAAAAGAAGAUUAUAUUUUAAUUGUAUUGAUUUAAAUAUUCGGUGAAAAUAACCCGUAAAAUAUAAUCAUAAGAAUGUCGGCUAUGAUUUGAUCUACUAUGUAAAAUAUAAUCAAGUAAUAUAAAUAUUAAUUAUAUAUAUAUAUAUAUAUAUUUUUUUUACCUGAUAAUAGACUUUGAUCAACUCUAAUUUUCAAAUUUUAACAGAAUUUAUUUUUAAAUUAAUUAUAUUCUUAUUUUUAUAAUUUUUUUUUUAAACUAUUCUAUUAUAUAUUGGUUUGAUAAAUAAAAAUUGUUAUUUUUAGGUUGGUAGAAUUGCUUGUGUUUUUUUAAUCUGUUUCUAACAUUUACCCAAACAUUGCUAUAUGUUUUUGUAUAGAAAUGGUAUCAAAAUAUAUGAUAGUAUAAUAUAGGGUUUGAAAAUAAUAUUCUUACCCAAGAAACUGAUCUAGAACUGAUCCAAAAAUUAGGAUACCAAACCUGAAUGGCCGACCUAACCCGAACAUGUCCAACUUUAAACCCCCAAUCAAUAUAGAAUUCGAUCCGCACCGAAAACCAAUGAAUAUAUACGAACAUAUUCAAGCAUAUAUAUAUAUAUAUAUAUAUAUAUUAGUUAUAAUUAUAUUUAUAAUAAUAUUAAUGCCUAAAAUAAAAAUUAUUAAUCAAAUAAAUUAGUUAUUUUAGGAAUUUAUGGAUAAAAAUGAAUGCUCUGGAUACAAAAUAUCCAUAUCAAAUUGUAUCCAUGGUUACUUGGGAUAAAAAUAAUCGAUCUGAAUAAUAUCAACAUGUAAUUUUGGGUAAGUUUGGGAAAUUUAGAUAUAAGAUACCUGAAUUAAAUUGAGUAUUUUGGUUAUUUCAGUUAAAAAUCAAACUUACCUGGAAUUCCGAGAACCCAACUUGAUUUUUGUAAGAUCUGAAUGAGUCCUAUUUAAAUAUUUAAUUAAAAUCAUAGGUUCAAAACCUGAAAAUCGAUAUCAGAAAGGCUUCUAUUCAUAUCCGAAAGCUUACUCGAAAAACCAUGCAUAGCCUAAUACUUAUAUAAUCUGGAAAAGACUUAUGUUGUUAGAUUGUCUUUGGUUUCUAAAAUAUAUCUUUAUGGAUAAGGAUGAUUUGGUUUCCAAGUAAAAAAUUAUGGCUCAUGAUUAUUAUUGUCCUUUUUUUUUUGUCAUCAGCAUAAACAGACUUCUAGACUCUCCAAACAAACCGGUAACUCGAUAUUAUUGUCUCUAUUCAAAUGAAAAUGAUGUUUCAUAGUAUUAAUUGUGAGUCCAUUCAAAUGAAAAACCCAAUUUCUCUUCGAACUAUUGGUUUACUUUGUAAUGAUUGAUGUCAUACAUGUGUAAAUCAUCAUCGUAGUUUUCUCCUAAAGAGAUAAAUAAGCAAAAAUGUCUGACAUUUUUUAAAAUCAUCCUUUUGCUUUUUACAUUCAACCAAAUCAAAAAUCUAUAAUCACUACCAAUAAAAACAACAAGAUAAUGGGGGACUCUCCACACUGUAGUAAUCUUUCAACACCUUCAGGGAGAACGAAGUGAUUAUUGUUCAAGAAAAAAAUGAACUCAGAAAGAAAAAUAAAACUACCAAAGAUGUCUUUGUUGUGUUUGUAACUACUUAAUCAGCUUGUUCUACCUCCUUCUGAGAUGAGGUUCUCUUUGUCUCCAUUAUUCUUUCUUCUCUUUUCUUGCUAUCUCUUUCAUCUCUUCCUGAUACUUUGCUUAUAUCUCCUCCAGUUCCUCUCUUAACCUCUCCUCUUCCUCCGAACUCACUGGUUCGUUGCCUCCUCUGCUUCUUGAUUGGAGUUCUCGUUUUCUCCUUUAGUGGAAUCGACACACUACUUAUCUUCUUCUUCUGACUGUGGGCAAUUGUGGGUAAUCAGGUUGAAACCCAAGACAAGGCUCAAAGUAAAGGAACAUUUGAUACCUAAUCAUGCCCUUGCCAUGGGUAUCCCAAGAUCUGCCUCAGUAUCAUUUAUAACCUUGAAGCAUUGAAGGCAUUCCUGAAUAAACAAUGCACAAGUAUCCCCAAGCUGAACUAUCCGAGGUUGUGUCAGAGAAACAAAAAUAAUCUAUAAAAACAUCUUUUGUUCAGACAACUAUGCCAACACUGAAUUGAAAACUAACUCACCAAUAUGGCUUGAAUCAUCCUUGAAAUUAGAAAGCUUCAGAAUCUAGUCUCCUUCCCUUAUAAGCCGGUGAAUCACAUUAGUGUUUUCAGUGUAACCUAUUUAAGCAAAAACUAUAUUGAUCGAUCAUUUUCAGUAAGAUCAACUUAAAAAAACAAUCAGCAUGCUCAUACUCAAAAGAUUCUGCAAUUGUAGACG